ACCACCGAGACGUUCUCUUUCAUUGAAAUGCACGAAAAUGCGCAGGUUAUCAAGGAAGUCAAGGCGCUGACCGAAGAGCUCGCAAGCCUGCAGAAAAAAAACUCGGUCCUGCAAUCGAAUUUCAACAAACUUAAGGUUCAAAGUAGCUUCAUUCAAGCUUCGCGUGAUAAGCUCAUGGCACAGUGUCAACAACUACAACGAGACAAAUUUACCUUGAAGUUCUAUUUUAAAAGACGUGCCCAGGCCUGGAAACGUGAAAUCGACUUCAAGUUACGUCAGCUCAUGGAGACCCGCUCCCAGGUCUUGAUGCCUUCAGAUAUUCACGAGCCCUGUUUGCAUAUCAUGGAGGAAAUCAAAUCAUCAAGUAAGAAAGGGAGCUGUGCCCUUGAAUCAAGAUGUCAGAAAAUAAACAAAUUGUACGCGCAGUUGAAUCAGGAGCUUGAAAACCUUCGCACUCGGCACGCCAUUGAUGAAGCCCAAGUCCUUGUCGAGAAAGAGCGUACAAAAAUGCGUCAUCAUCAAGAGCUGGAUCAUUUUCAGAAAGAGCUUCAAAUUUCAAAGGAGUUGGUAUCUUGUAGAGAGUCUGAUUUCGCAUCCCUUCAGACUGAAAUUUAUGAACUAUUUCACAAUUCUUCGGGUAACUUAAUUAGUAUCACCGACCACGAUGAACUGCGGCGGCUGCUAACAGCAGCAGCGGUCUCGAUCGAAGAUCUUCAAAUGGAGCUGAAGAAGCGUGCCUUGAUCGCAGACAAACUUGAAAAACUGAACAACUACCUCAGAGAACGAGCUGUUUCAGCGCAAAAAGAUUUCAGAUGUUCAACAACAAAACUCCAGUCCGCUGAACGCGAGAUUUUAAGCCUGAAAAAACGAUUCGAUGAGCAGCAGAAAGAACAUAGUGCGGAUGUUAAAUGUGUUCGUGCUGAGGCGGCUCGGAGGCGCGCAAAUCUCGAAGCAGAAAUACUUGUUGAGCGUGGUGAAAUUGAGGCACAACUGAGUGGCUUUCGCAAGAGGCUUGAAAGUUAUGACAUUGUCCUGAAGAACGUGCAAGAUGACUGCGAAACGAAGAUCAGUGCUGCCUGUCAAUAUGCAGCGAGAUUGCGCUGCUCUGUAGAGUCAAACAAAUUGGAAUCAGCGAUAAAGCUAAAUACUCUUUAUACUGACGUGGAAGCCUGGAAGAUGGACUUUUCAAGAGCUUCAAGUGAAGCAAGUGGUUUAAGAGAGUCUUUUGUAUUGCUGGAGAACUUCUAUAAACAUGAAAUUCCAUCCCUACGGAACGCCAUUGCACGCUAUAAGACGGAACUUGUUUGUGAACGCUUACGCGUAUCAGAACUUAGAAAACACCUGGAGCUUGAAAGAGCUGAUAAGUUGCGGGUCGCGGCAGCAUCUGCGAAAAAUGCGAUUAAGGUGCAUGACCUUCUGGCAACGUUGGAGCAAAAGCGAAAGAGCAGAGUUCGGGAGACGAACGCUAUCAAGAAAGCGUGGCAAAAAGAAGGUGACUACUUAGUUUUCUGCGCCAAAGAAGUAGCAGCCGCUGGCACGCAGAGCUACCGCAGCUCUUUAAGAAGAGCAAAGCGAAAGUUGAAGGGGAAACACAGAAAAAAGGAAGGAGUUUCUGUGGAAAUGAUGCCACUGCUCGAGGAAAGGAGCCAGCAAGUUACUAAAUCUACGAAGUCUAUGAAACAGACAGUCUAUGCGACAAAAGGGCUGGCUUUACACUCAUUCGAUGAUGAACUCAGUGCGCUAAAGAACAGGCAGAGGAUUUUCAGUGAUUUAGUUAGCAAAAAUGAAAUACUAUGA